AUGGCACCCCUCGAAGUUAUUGGAGCUGGCUAUGGCCGUACAGGCACUGAUAGCUUGCGAAUUGCGUUGAACACACUUGGGUAUUCCACACACCAUAUGAGAGUCAUUUAUUGGGGCCAAACCAAUCCUGAUGACUUCAAGAACGCUUACGAAAACCCUGAGGAACCUGUGGAUUGGGAUAAUGUGUACGAAGGCUUCAAUGCUGCUGUGGAUUGGCCUACGGCGACCUUUAUUAAACGAUUGGUCAAGUACUACCCAGAUGCCAAGAUUAUCCUAACCGAACGGGAUCCUGAUAGCUGGUACAAGUCGGCUAAAAACAGCAUUUUCAAGAUUGCACAUAUCCCAGAUGGUGAAAAUACACCCGAUCACAUUAGGCGUGUGCGGGCUAUGAGCCGAAAGGUGAACUUGGAUGGUGCAUUUGAAGAUCCAGAACUUUUUGCAGAUGAAGAGGCUAUCAAGCGCAGGUUUGUUGAACACAAUGAAUGGGUCAAAGCCAACGUGCCACCUGAGCAAUUGCUUGUUAUGCAAUUGGGAGAAGGCUGGGAGCGCCUAUGCAAGUUUUUAAACAAACCAGUGCCCAAAGAACCAUAUCCCCACGUCAAUACCACAGCCGAAUUACUAGCAAAUGUUGAUGAGAACGGCCUCAAAUCUCUCAAUGUCGGUCGCCCUGCUGACAAUGAUAGCAAAGAUGGUAGCUUAGUGUCUGUUUAA